ACUGGGGGUGUGAGGGUUGUCGUCGAGCUGUGAAAGGGCGGGAAGGAGUGAGGGGCCUCGGCUGUCAGCACCGGUCGGUGUCGGAGCGGCAGGUGCAUCAAAUUCCAUGAGAGGCACUUGCAUGCAAUCAUUUCCUCUUCCUUAAAAAGAUGGAGUCUUUAAGGAGCCUGAUCCUGGCCUCCCUGGUUUGCAGCACAGUGUCGGAAGUCGACGUUUUCAGCCCACAGUAUGGAAUUGGAAAUGAAGAGCUCUUGCCUUCAAGAUCAACAUCACUAAAUAUAUCCAAUAUUUUUUAUGGGAUUAUGUUCGAUGCUGGAAGCACCGGGACACGCAUCCACAUUUAUACUUUCAUGCAAAAAUCUUCUGCAGAGCCCCCUCAUUUGGACAAUGAAAUCUUUGAGUCUGUUAAGCCUGGUCUGUCUGCUUAUGUAGAUCAACCUGAGCAGGGUGCUGAGACUGUACGUGGACUAUUGGAUAUGGCAAAGCAGACGAUACCUUCAACUCACUGGAGUUCUACACCUGUGGUGUUAAAAGCCACCGCAGGACUGCGGCUGCUCCCUGAGCAGAAAGCACAAGCUUUGCUGUCGGAGGUCCAAGAACUAUUUGAGGAAUCCCCUUUCCUAGUACCAGAUGAAUGUGUCAGUAUAAUGAAUGGGACAUAUGAAGGAAUUUUAGCCUGGGUCACAAUAAACUUCUUGACAGGUCAGUUGUAUGAUCAAAAUCAGCGCACUGUGGGAAUCCUUGACCUAGGGGGAGCUUCCACACAGAUCACAUUCCUUCCGCAGGCUGAGAGUACACUUAAAGCUGCAUCUGAAAAAUACAUCAGUCCCUUUGAGAUGUUCAAUCGUUCUUACAAAUUGUACACCCAUAGUUACCUAGGUUUCGGACUGAAAGCUGCACGGCUGGCUAUACUUGGAGCCUUGGGAGGGAAAGCAGAUGAAAGCAGGAUGUACAGGAGCUCAUGUUUACCACCAUCUUUGAAGGCUGAAUGGAAAUUUGGUGGUAUCAACUAUAAGUAUGGCGGAAUGGCAGAAGAAGUUACUGGGUUCCAGUCCUGCUAUGCUGAAGUACUUAAGGUGAUCAGAGAAAAGCUUGAUCAACCUGCUGAAAUCAGAAGCAGGACUUUCUACGCCUUUUCCUAUUACUACGAUCGAGCGGUCGACACAGGAAUGAUUGACGGUGAUCAAGGUGGCAUUAUACUCGUGAAAGAUUUUGAAAUGAAAGCCAACAAAGUGUGCGAAGCCUUGACGGAGACAAACACAGGGAGUCCCUUUCUAUGCAUGGAUCUAACCUACAUCACUGCAUUACUCAAGGAGGGAUUUGGCUUCUACGACCACACCGAGUUACAGCUAAAGAAGAAAGUCAAUAAUAUAGAAACCAGUUGGACAUUAGGAGCAGCAUUCCACCUCAUCCAGUCACUGAGGACUGCUCCAGAAUGAAACCUGAACUAAAAGCCAAUUACUUUAAAGGGUAACAACACUCUUGAUUGUGACACAAUGAAAGAUGGAUUAGUGCAACUCUACCUGCUGAGAGUUCCCAGCUCCAGUGCAAACAGGUUGAUUGUACUCGAGGACAUUAGAGAACCAUUAAAUGCAAUAAUUUGUCCAGUAGCAAUCUUCCAUCUUGAAUCAUAGAAUAUUACAGCAUAGAAGAAGGCCAUUCAGCCCAUCACGCG